UCCACCCACUAACCGAACCUCCUUAAAAAUCGUUGAUUUAUCAUUUAAGCCAUAGGCUGUGAUGCACGGGCGGGAAUUAGGGGCAGCUCCUUUAAAUUCAAACCCAAAACAAAUGAUUCUUUUUAUUUGAAUGUGAAGCAAGCAAGCACCCAAAAGCUGAAAAAGUGGGGGGGUUUUUUCUUUCUCUUUGUUUUUUGCAUUAUCUCUCUCUGGGUGUCGCUCCCUCUGGUUUGCCUUCCCCAUCACAUGGCCUCUCCUUCUUGAUUUCUGCAUUUUCAUGGGGAACCACCGAAUUAUCUGCUGCUGCUUUUCGUGGGUUCCUCCUCGCUCGCAAAUCUAUCUGUAAACGAGUCAACUGACAUUCUAAAGGGGGUUCUUGCAGUUGCAGAGUUCUUUAUUUUAUUCGGGGGGGCGCUCUGCAUUAUCUUGUAACUCACGUCUGAGCCAGCGCCAUCAUUUUCGGGGGGCUUCUUUAUCCGAUUAGUUAAUUGCCCCCCGACUGAUCUCUCUGGGUCGUUGUUGAUUCCAGUCAAAGAUGUGCUUCUGGGUUCUGGGAAGUUAACAGGGGAGCUUUGGAGGUUGAUGCCUGGCUGGCCAUUGAAGUAGAGAGAGAGAGAGAGCGUGCUUGGGAAUGGGCGUUUAGGGUUUUUGCACUCCUUGUUCUCUUGUUCUUGUAAAGGCCUCUGGGAUCUUGUUUUCUCAUGCAAGACGAUCUUGAAAAUGGUUGCUCUUAGCAGAUUUGACCUGCCUGUGUAGUGCUAAUUGACUAAAGGCAGGCGUGAUGGAAAAGCGAAAAUGGCUGUGGAAGAGGAAAUCCUCUGAUAAGAGCCCUGGUGAUAGCGAGAGUUCAGAAUCAAUUUCUUCCCCUUCUGAGAAAGACUCUGAUGGUCAGCAGGAAGCAUCAAAGGCAUCUCCUAGUCAUGACAGUCAUUUCCCUGAAGUCAUGUCUAGAGCUGGAAUGGCUGAAAAUGAUGUCAAUGAAGUCAUGAGGAGUUUGACAGAGAAACUGUCAGCUGCACUGGUGAAUGUAAGUGCCAAAGAGGAUUUGGUAAAACAGCAUGCUAAAGUAGCCGAAGAAGCUGUUGCAGGCUGGGAAAAGGCUGAAAAUGAAGCGGCAAUUCUUAAGGAAAGACUAGAGGUCGCAAUACAGCAGAAGAAAUCAUUAGAGGAUAGGGUGAGUCACCUUGAUGGGGCCCUAAAGGAAUGUGUUAGGCAGUUAAGACAAGGUAGAGAGGAGCAGGAGCAUAAGAUUCAUGAAGCUGUAGUGAAGACUACAAAGGAAUGGGAGUUGACCAAAACCGAACUUGAGAAUCAAAUUCUCAAGUUCCAAAAGAAAGUGGAUGCCUUGGAAAAUCAACCUCCUGCAGAUGCAGAUCCUUAUCUUUACCAAAAGCUUGAGCUUUUGGAGCGAGAGAAUUCUUCUCUCAGGUGCGAGCUCCAACAACAAAAUGAAGAGUUAGAGAUUAGGACAAUUGAGAGGGACUUGAGCACCCAGGCAGCAGAAGCAGCAAGCAAGCAACAUCUCGAGAGCAUAAAGAGAGUUGCCAAACUUGAGGCUGAGUGCCGGAAGCUAAGAAUUAUGGCUACUAAGUCACCCUCAGGUGCUGAUAAUAGAUCUGCUGCUGCUUCAUCAAUAUAUGUCGAAUCUUUAACAGAUAGUCAAUCAGACAAUGGCGAUCGGCUUAAUAUGGUGGAAAUGAGUAAUGUGGAGACUGAAAAAAGUGAGGUAGGCCGCUCUGACACAUGGCCAUCAGCCCAAAUUGCUGAACUCAAUCGGUUCAAAAGUGAAAAAGGUGUUAACAGAACUUCUGUUGAGAUAGACCUUAUGGAUGAUUUCCUUGAGAUGGAACAGCUUGCUGCCUUACCUGAGGUUAGCAGAGAAGGAUCAGAAGCAGUUCCAAAGGAGAGCAUUGAUGCUGGAAGCUCUCUUAAAGAGGAACUUAAUAUUGCUCUCAAUCUUAUAGCAGAACUGGAAAAGAAACUAGAGAAGCUGGAAAAGGAGAAAGGUGAACUCCACAUGGCACUAGCUGAGAGCCAAAUCUCUAUUAAUGCAUCAGAGCUUCAGCUCAGAGCAGAACUUGACGCGAUGACUAACCGUACAAUCGAAUUGGAAACAAAGAAAGAGCAGCUGGAAAAGGAGAAAGCUGAUCUCCAGAUUGCUCUAGCUGAGAGAGAGAUCUCUAUAAAUGCAUCAGAGGUUCAGCUGAAGGCAGAGCUUGAUGCAGCCAUUAAUCAUAUGAUUGAAUUGGAAGCAACGAAAGAGCAGCUUGAAAAAGAGAAGGCUGAACUCCAGAUGGCUCUAGCUGAGAGCCAAAUCUACAUUAAUGCAUCAGAGAUUCAGCUGAGGGCAGAACUUGAUGCAGCGACCGGUUGUACAAUAGAAUUGGAAGCGAAGAGAGAGCAGCUGGAAAAGGAGAAAGAUGAGUUGCGUUUGGCUCUAACUGCAAGUGGCGACUCUCUUGAGGCAUUGGAGCUAAAGCUGAGAGAGGCUCUGUUGAAGAUAGAAGAGCUACAAAAGGAGCUACAUAUGGCCAAUGAGGAGAAGCAAGCCAUAGAGUCUCAACUGAGGAAACUGGAAACAGAAGCUCAGGUGAAGGACACUAAGGUUAGUGCAUUGGAGGAAGAAGUGAAGAAGGAGAGAGCAUUGUUUGACGAACUUACAAUCAAGUGUGAAGAAAUGGAGGAAGAGUUAGAAAGAAAAAAAGAGGAGCUUGAUUCCCAGGAAAUUGCAAGCUCAAAUGGCCAACCAAAGGUAAAGCAGGAGGAUUUAGAUGUGGCCGCGGGAAGACUUUCAGACUGCCAGAAGACAAUAGUGUCUCUCAGAAAGCAGUUGGAAUCUCUGGCAACACUUGAAGACUUCCUUAUUGAUACAACCAACAUACCAGAAUUCACUGCGGGCGGAUCUAUUGUUCCCAGAACCAAUGGAGAGAUGUGGAGGCUGCAUUCGAACGGAACUUUUUCGCCUAAACGAGAUGCCAGUUCUCUCAAAAUGCCAGGUGACAGUACGUGUCCUUCAUUAAAUCCAAGUGAUACUGCAAAGCCACCAGCAUCUUCAUUGUCGUCAGUUUCAUCUGCCAUGCCAUUGGCUCAAGUCAGCUCAGAGAAGAAUCGAAAUGGAUUUGCUAAAUUCUUCUCCCGAACAAAAAAUGGAAUUCAGCUGGAAAUCUAGGAAGAUGGAGGAAAGGUUAGAACUUCGGUACGAUAGUUUCAAGACAACAGUUGCAAGUUUUGGGUCCUUUGGGAUUGGCUAACUUUUGCUGUUAGCCACAUUUAAAUGUUUUAUAUCAUUGCUUCAUUGAUACGUGAAGGGCUUCAUUGAUACGUGAAGGGUAUCUUCAGCAGGAGAAGUAGAUGUGAAGUGUGAGUGAUCUGUUUUAGAGUAGAUGUGAAGUGUGAGUGAUCUGUUUUAGUGCUGUUGUUUUGCUAUUUCUGUUGGCCAAUUUUUUGUGUCAGCCUAUACCCCACUCUGAUGGGCGAUUGUAUCUGGUUGGUGACUCAGGCGUAUAUAUCAGAAUUAGACAGCUUAUGAUAGUUUUCGUCGUGUGUUGUCAAA